UUUCUCUUCCACUUCCCAGUUCCAGGUUUUUGUUCCUUUCGCUAUGGAUUAUCUUUUCUCAUACUCUCCUGUAAUGUUGUAAUAAUGGCACAACGCACAUGUCUGAACCUCACAAUGGUGGCCAUGGUGAACACCACAUACCCACACGGGUCAUACAACACCUCCGCAAACAAGCUCCCAGACAACAUAAAGAAUCCCGUGUAUAAUUGGAGCCCAGAAAUCCAGGGGAUCAUCCUCAGUUCCAUCUACUAUGGUUUAGUCUUAACACAAAUUCUUAGUGGAUACGUGUCUGGAAUAUACUCUAUAAAGAAGAUGGUUGGCUGUGGGCUAUUCUUCAGUUCUCUGUUCAGCCUGUUCAUACCGCUGGCAGCUAAACUUGGAAAAACUUCAGUCAUCUUGUGCCGAGUAGUCCAGGGCAUAACUCAGGGGAUGGCAGGAACAGCACAGCAUGAAAUAUGGGUCAAAUGGGCCCCUCCCGGGGAAAGAGGCAGACUUACCUCUAUAAGUCUAUCAGGGUUUUUUCUGGGACCCUUCAUUGUCCUGCUGCUGACUGGAUUCAUCUGUCAGUCCCUGGGCUGGCCCAUUGUCUUCUAUAUUUUUGGUGAAUUCCAAUUUUAACUAAUCCUGCUUUGUGGCUGUGCCUUAUGUCUUCUCUGGCUCCUUCUGGUUUAUGAUAACCCAAAGGACCACCCAUGUAUAAGCAUCAGUGAGAAGGAAUUCAUCAUGGCUUCCCUUGCCCAGCAGUUCAUCUCAAGUCGACAAUCUCUACCCAUCAAGUCUAUGCUUAAGUCUCUUCCAGUCUGGGCCAUUUCUCUUGGUAGUUUUGCUUUUUUCUGGUCAAAUAGCAUUUUGAAUGUAUACAUCCCAACGUAUAUCAACCCUGUGCUUCAUGUUAAUAUAAAAGAAAAUGGGCUGCUGUCUGCCCUCCCCUAUUUGUUUGCCUGGAUCUGUGCUAUCCUAGCAGGACAGAUGGCAGACUUCAUUUCAUCCAGAAAUAUUCUCAGCACAGUUAACAACCGGAAGCUCUUUACCACACUAGGACUUCUCCUCCCUGCCCUCUUCAGUAUGUGUCUGCUUUACCUAAGUUCCAGCUUCAACAGCACUGUCAUUUUCCUGUUAAUUGCUAGUGCAACAGGAAGCUUUAUUAUACCUGGAAUAACAAUAAAUGCCUGGGAUAUCGCUCCCAGCCCCUGCAGCUGCAUGAAUCAGGAGAAGCCUCUAUCUGGACCCACAAACUUGGGAUGUUUCGGCCUCUACAAGUGUGAUCCAGAAUAUCCCUGGUUUAAAGUCUUCUUUCUCAUGACAGCCAUUAGUGUGAUAAGCCUCAUUUUCUACCUUAUAUUUGGUAAAGCAGAAAUUCAGGAGUGGGCUAAAGAAAGACAACAUACGCGCCUCUGA